AUGCUCCACGACGGCGCCGCGCGACGCUUCGGUUGGGUGGGCUUGUUCCUUGGAUCCUGGCCGUACCAGGUUGUGGCCGUCGCACUGAAUCCGGGAUUAGCUCCACUUUCUCAUCCUGGGCGGUCGCCCACUCGUCUUGUCGGACCUGGAGCCAGCUGCUUCAAUUGUCCUCCUCACCUCCCCCUUCACCCUCCCUCUUAUACUUCCUCCUCACCACGGCGAGCACGGAGUCUUGGAUCUGAUGUGGUGCUGAUCUCCCUCGGCCCUAAUCUUUCCAAAUAUCCCUCCAGCUCAGCUCUCCUUCUCUUCGGUCGCCCCCAACUCCUGACCCCGUCGACCCAACUCGUGUCUGACCAGCCUCUCGCCUAUCUGGAGAAAACCUCUUCUGGUCACUCACCCUUCUGCUGUGUCUGUCUUUCUAUGUGUCUCGCCUGGCUCUCGAUCAUACCUCGCGAAUUUGCAUGCCACAGCCAUGGUCAUGUCCGCCCUCGAUCACGAUUACCAAUACUCUUGCUUCAAUCGCCGGACAACCCCCGAAUUCUCGCUGCAUUUCCGACACGCGUCUCUGCUGCGACUAAGCCCUUUGUCGCAUUGCAAUUCUCUCGCACCGUGAUGCUGGACAUCGCGUCUCCCCUAUCCAGACACGGCUUCGUCAAGUACUGCGACUCUGCAAUUUCCGCUGGCGGCUGCCUCAUUCCACCACACGCCAUGGACUACCUCAAGAAGCCAGACAAGGAACGACAGUCGCAACAUUCUCUGCUCGUCCUAUUGCAAUGCUAUCAUUGUCCUCGUAGCCACAAUACUAACUACCGCUUCUGUCUCUUCACUCUACAAUUGAAGGACGCCAUUUCUUGGCGAUUCACCUUAGCCUCACCGGUGGACUCGUUAGCUCGUGCUCUGCCUUCAGACCUACCAUCUCACAGUAGUGCGCUGCACGAUCCGAUACCGCAACCUCAAUUGCCUUCAGGUCCCUGUAUGCAAUUAGGAAAGGCUUCGAUCUGCUCGGUCUGCUAUCACACUAUCCCGCCUGUUAAAGUACCAGGGAUCAUAGGCCAGCGCUCUUCUUUUAUACUCCAACUAAUCACUGUCUUUCUCACUGUUGCCUUGGAGGCUGCCACUCACUACCACGGUUCAUCCAUUGAGCCAUCCGCCCAUCGGACCACGUCUAUCCCGGAGAGUCGACGUUUACAUCUUCGAUCUAAGCUCGAACACAUCACCAAAAUGGCAUACCAACAACAAUCACAGAGUCGCUAUGGAAACUGCGACUCCUACUUUGUAGAGUCGCACGAUGAUGGCAUCUAUGCUAUCCGCGCCGAAGCCAGGGAACGCCAGCGUGCGAUUUCUAGGAUGCAACAGCGUGCGUUGGCCGAGGAGCUGUCAAGGCUGACGGCCGAUGAAUAUCAAGAAGACAUCAUGCAGCACAUGUUGCACAUGGAGUCCCAAACUAUUCCUGAUGUUAACUCAAUUGACAUCCAGACCGAAAUCCAAUGGUUUAUGAGGCCCUACCUUCUUGACUUCCUUGUCGAAGCUCACGCUGCCUUCCAGUUACUCCCUGAGACCCUCUUCCUCGCUGUCAACCUCCUUGACCGAUACUGUUCUCGUCGUGUAGUCUACAAGCGCCACUACCAGCUUGUCGGCUGUGCUGCUCUGCUCAUCGCCGCCAAGUAUGGUGACAAGAAGGACCGUGUACCCACUGUUAGGGAGCUAAAGUCGAUGUGUUGCUCGCUCUACGACGAUGAGAUGUUCACGCAAAUGGAAUGGCAUGUCCUGCAAACCCUUAACUGGGUCAUCGGCCAUACCAGUGUAGAUGCUUUCCUCCAGAUCGCUCUUGCAGAAGCUCCAUACGAUGCAGAGGUAGAGCACAUGACCCUUUACAUUGCUGAGAUCGCUCUGUUCCACAAGGAGUUUGUCUCUACUCGCCCAUCGGUCAUGGCUAGGUCCGCACUCGCACUGGCACGUUGUGUGUUGUCUCGUCCUCAGGCACGGAACUCCGACUGGGCUGGUGCCUAUGACCCUCAAACGGUUAUUGGAUUGUCCAACCACUUGUACCAGCCAUCUCCAGUUCUCGCUCGUAAAUAUGCAUCACUGCAUCUGUCCAACGUCUCUGCCAUUGUUGAUGAGUUUCUGCAGCGUCAAGCACAAAUUGCGCGACGCGCAGCCGCUCCACCGACGCCGCCACCAACAGUGACCAUCGAGGAGCCGAAGAAAGGCUCUGAGGCAUACGGCCCCUCCACUCCCCAGAAAAAUCCCUAUGGCUCCAUGAUGCAGAACGGUUGCAUGACCCCACCCAUUACACCAGAGGGCGAGCAGUACGCAUACGGCCACGUUGUCAAGUCCCAACCAAUGUCACUAUACCCGACUACACCAACUCCAGAUCACCCUGCCAACAUGCAGCAACCAAGCCAAUACGCCUACUCUACAUACCUCCAUCCUCAGCAAAUGUAA